GCCGCGGCGCGCGGCCCCGGUUUGAACGUUGGCGGUUGCGGCGCCGCCAUCGAUCGCGCGCGGCGCUUCCAGGGCGGCCCCGGCGGCUGAAAAUGGGCAAAGAGGAUGAGAAGGGCAUCCCGGUGCGAGUAGCGCUGCGCUGCCGGCCCUUGGUGCCGAAGGAGACGGAGGAAGGGUGCCAGAGCUGCCUGUCCUUCGUGCCGGGGGAACCGCAAGUGGUCUUGGGGAACGAUAAGUCGUUCACAUACGACUACGUGUUCGGCCCUUCUGUCGAGCAAGAGGAAGUCUUCAACACCGCCGUCGCCCCUCUCAUCCGAGGCAUCUUCAAAGGGUACAAUGCCACUGUCCUGGCCUAUGGACAGACUGGGUCUGGAAAAACCUUCACCAUGGGAGGCACUUACACUGCCAACCAGGAGCAUGAACCCAGCGUGGGGAUCAUCCCUCGGGUCAUCGAGCUGCUGUUUAAGGAGAGAGAGCAAAGGCAGGAUUGGGAAUUCACCCUCAAGGUCUCUUACCUAGAGAUCUACAAUGAGGAUAUCCUGGACCUGCUGUGCCCAUCGAGAGAGAGAUCUCAAAUCAGUAUCAGGGAAGAGCCCAAAGAAGGCAUAAAGAUUGUAGGGUUAACAGAAAGAAACGUCACCUGUGCCCAAGAUACUGUGUCCUGCCUGGAGCAAGGGAACAGUUCCCGGACCGUGGCCUCCACGGCCAUGAACUCCCAGUCCUCGCGGUCCCACGCCAUCUUCACCAUCUGCAUUGAGCAGAAGAGGAAAAGUGACAAGACCAGCAGUUUUCACUCCAAGCUACACCUGGUUGACCUUGCUGGCUCUGAGAGACAAAAGAAGACCAAGGCUGAGGGAGACAGACUGAAAGAAGGUAUCAACAUAAACAGAGGUCUCCUCUGCCUGGGAAAUGUCAUUAGUGCUCUUGGGGAUGAAAAUAAAAAGGGUGGUUUUGUCCCCUACAGAGACUCAAAGCUAACAAGGCUGCUGCAAGAUUCCCUGGGUGGUAACAGCCACACUCUCAUGAUUGCCUGUGUGAGCCCAGCAGAUUCCAACCUGGAAGAAACUCUCAACACCCUGCGGUAUGCUGACAGAGCAAGGAAAAUAAAAAACAAGCCAAUUGUCAACCUGGACCCUCAGGCAGCUGAGCUGCACCAUCUGAAGCAGCAGGUUCAACAGCUCCAGGUGUUACUGCUGCAGACCCAUGGAGGGACCCUCCCAGUGUCUAUCAAUAGCAUGGCACCCUCGGAGAAUCUUCAGUCCCUGAUGGAGAAGAACCAGUUGCUCAUGGAGGAGAACCAAAAGCUGAGCCGAGGGCUGAGUGAGGCUGCUGGUCAGACAGCACAGAUGUUGGAGAGGAUCAUUCUGACAGAACAAGAAAAUGAGAAGGUGAAUGCCAAGCUAGAACAACUUCAGCAACAUGCUGUGUGCAAGCUGGAUCUACAGAAGCUGGUGGAGACUCUGGAAGAUGAAGAACUAAAAGAGAAUGUCGAGGUGAUUCGGGAUCUGCAGCAGAUCUUGACUCAGUUGCAGAGUGAAAAUGCUGCCACAGUGGAAGCUGCUGUGGAGAUGGCAAACUCUGAACAGGAUGCUACAGCUGAAGCAGAACUGGGCCAGGAUUCCAGGAGAGCCUCAGAUGACUUCAGCACACAACAUGCCCUCCGACAAGCACAGAUGUCCAAAGAGCUGCUGGAGCUGAAUAAAGCCUUGUUGCUAAAAGAGGCAUUGGCCAAAAAAAUGGCUCAGAAUGAUAAUCAGCUGGAGCCCAUUCAGUCCCAAUACCAGACUAAUGUCAAGGAUCUGGAAUUGGAGGUCAGCAGUCUGCAAAAAGAAAAGGAAGAGCUGAUCCUUGCUCUGCAAGUGGCAAAGAAGGAUGUCAACCAAGCCAAGCUGAGUGAGCGGCGUCGGAAGAGGCUCCAGGAGCUGGAAGGGCAAAUUAGUGAGCUGAAGAAAAAGCUGAAUGAGCAGUCCAAGCUCUUGAAGCUGAAGGAGUCUACGGAACACACAGUGUCCAAACUGAACCAGGAGAUCCGGGAAAUGAAAAGCCAAAGGGUGCAGCUGAUGCGCCAGAUGAAAGAGGAUGCUGAGAAAUUCAGGCAAUGGAAGCAGCAGAAGGACAAGGAAGUGAUCCAGCUGAAAGAAAGGGAUCGCAAGAGGCAGUACGAGCUGCUGAAGCUCGAGAGGGAUUUCCAGAAGCAGGCCAACGUCCUGCGCCGCAAGACCGAGGAGGCAGCAGCCGCCAACAAGCGCCUGAAGGACGCGCUGCAGAGACAGCGGGAGGCGGCCGACAAGCGGAAGGAGACCCAGAGCCGGGGCAUGGAAGGACUUGCUGCACGAGUAAAGAGCUGGCUUGCAAAUGAAGUAGAGGUUCUGGUUAGCACUGAAGAGGCUCGGCGGCACCUCGCAGAUCUGCUGGAGGACAGAAAGGUCUUGGCCCAGGAGCUCCUCCAGCUCAAAGAGAAGAAAGAGGCCGGGGAAAACCCUCCCCUGAAGCUCCGGAGACGCACCUACUCCAUGGCAGAGUUGCAGGCGUCAGAGAAGGACCUCUCCGUGUCAAAGCAGAUAGAAAGCCUGGAAACUGAGAUGGAGUUCAGGAGUGCCCAGAUAGCAGAUCUCCAGCAGAAGCUCUUGGAUGCAGACAAUGGGGAUCGUGCAAAGCAACGUUGGGACAGUAUUGCAACAAUUCUGGAAGCUAAAUGUGCUUUGAAGUAUCUCCUUGGAGAGCUGGUCUCCUCAAAGGUGCAGAACAGCAAGGUGGAGAGCAGCCUCCAGCAGAGCAAAGCCAACUGUUCAGAUUUGCAAAAUGUGCUGGUGGAAGAGAGAAACUACAGAACAGAGAUGGAAGCUGAGUUCCAAAAUCAGCUGUUGGUGCAGGAGCAGCAACACCAGGAAAAGAUUCUGUACCUGCUCAGCCAAAUCCAGCAAAAAGAAGCAGCAGAGGAGAAGCUGGAAGAGUCACAGAAUGGGACAGAGAAGCAGGAGUGCCUCAAGUUCCAGGAGGAAGAGCUGGAGAAAAUGAAGGAGAAGAACCAGGAACUUCUCCGGGAAAAUGACAUGCUGAAACAGAAGCUGCUGCUCCUGGAAAUUGCCAGUGGGCAGAAGCUGCAGCGCAUUUGGCAAACGCCACCCGAGUCCCCAGACUCUCCCUUCGACUAUAUCCCACCCAAACCAAAGACUCGUCGGCAAACAACAGCAAAACCCCAGGCACCAACCCUAGAGAUGAAUGUGGCUGAGCUGUUUUCUGACUCAGGGGACUCUGGAGAGGAGAAGGAGGAUGCAGACUGGGUUCCAGUAAAAGCAGCCAAAGUGGCAAAGAAAAGCACGACAGGGUGCUCCUGCAAGGGCUGGUGUGCCAACAGGCAGUGUGGCUGCAGGAAGCAGAAGGUGGGCUGUGCCGAGGGCUGCAGCUGCGACUCUGCCAGGUGCAGGAACAGAGACCCUGGGGUCCCGGAUGCCACACUGGGAGAGGACAAGGUGAAGGACUUAGAUGAUUCCUUCAAGCUCGAGGACCCCACUGAAGUGACUGAAGGAGAGACCUUCUUUAAGCCCGUGUGUGUCGCACCAACUGCAAAGGUCCUGAAAGACAUCACAGAGCAAGAUGUGCUCCUGAAGAAGCCCAGCACUCCUGCUUCCUGCCUGGUGAGGGAUGAAGAGGCCCAGGAGAACCAGAUGCCUUUUGUAAAGAAGAAGAAGAGAAUGCUGAGCAGCAACACCAGCUUCUUCUCAGGUUGCACCCCUAUUAAAGAGGAGUUUGACUGACAAGCCCAGAAGCUGCCCUGUGCCUGGGUUGUGUUGUGCCUCUCUCAGCCUGUUGCUGGUGCUGGUUUAGGUGUGUUGGCAUCUCUUGCUGCAGCCCCAGCCGGGUGCCGGUGGUGCCCCACAGCUGCUUCCCUCAGCAAGGGCCUCAAACACUAGUUCCUGUUAGAUUGUGUCCAGUUCUUUGUAAAUAUUUCCGUGUUGUGGGGCCUGGGCUGAGACUCUGCAUUUCUGUAGCGAGGGGAGGUGGUUCAGCCAGGCUGCUCCUUCCAGCUGCCUUCCCCGCUCUGAGCUGUGAACACGUUGGGUACUGUUGCAUCCGUGACCUUGAAAGGACUUUGCAUUUGCACUGAACUGUGGCCACUGUCUCUCACAACAGCACCAGCACCUCUUUGGCCCUGGGAGCCCUGCUGGUGCUGGGGAGGGAGGAGGCAGAGGCCUGGCGUUUUAAACCAGCCCCCAGCCAUGAAAGGGGGGGUCAGUGCUCCUUGGGGGACACGACCU